ACAAUGGCAGUGAUCAGGCCAUUUGUAGCCUGCCUCGCAGCUGUGGUUCUUUUGAACAUGCCAGGAGGCAGGUGCAUGGAAAUCAUUGGUGGAAAAAAGGCUAAGGCUCACUCCUGGAAUUUCAUGGCUCUUGUGAGGGGGGAGAAUGGUCAGUGUGGGGGGGCACUGAUCAAAGAACAGUGGGUCCUGACUGCAGCUCACUGCAUGGGAAAGAAUAUGAGUGUCGUUCUGGGCACCUAUUCGAUCUCCAAGAAGAACAAGAAGCAACAGCAGUUCUUGGUAUCAAAACCAUUCCCAUACAAAGGGUUCAGUCAGAAAACAGGCGAAAAUGACCUAAUGCUGCUGAAGUUGAGCAAACCAGUGACUACCAGUCCAUAUAUAACUCUACUGCCACUUCCAACUAAAGAGAAAGAUGUCCAAAAGAAUACCAGAGACAAUACACCCUGCAAGGUGGCUGGCUGGGGCAUCUACAACAAAGACAGCAAGAGAAGCUCAGACGAACUGAUGGAGGUGGAAAUCAAGGUUUUUAACAGAAAGCAGUGCCAAAAGUAUUACAACAAAAGUAAAGUCGCGAUCACCAGCAACACAAUCUGUGCUUGGGACAACCAAGGGGAAAAGGACACCGAUAAGGGGGACUCUGGGGGGCCACUCAUAUGUAACGGCCAUUUCACUGCUGUGGUCUCUUCUGGGACGAGAGGUUUCCCUGGAGUUUACACUCUGCUGACCAGCAAAUACCUCAAAUGGAUCGACAAGGUUACCAGAGGAGCGAAUAGGUGAAAGUCAGGUUGCAUAUUAAAGCAAAAGGAGAGCUAUGCGUCUACCCCAACCCACUUCCUUUAUUUGUAUGUGACAUGAAUGAUGCUGAAUGUAUUUCUAUACAAGAUAUUCACUAUGAACUGGCUAGCCCACUGAACUCCAAUGCAACGCAAAGCUACCUUCCCUAACUAUAAUAAAUGUGUAUGCCAAGUUAAGAGAUAAUUUGCCUUGUCAUUGAACAAUAAAAAUCUUUUAUAUCAGAAA